AACAACCCCUCACUACUGGUUCGUUAAUCCCUCGAAGUGUUGGUAUUGACCCUCGUGAUGUUGGUACUCCAGAUAAUUGGGUCCCUCGUCAUCCUGAACUUGUAAGACUAACAGGAAAACAUCCUUUUAACGCGGAGGCACCAUUAUCUCUCUUAAUGGAGCAGGGUUUUAUCACACCAAACGCCUUACACUACGUUAGAAAUCAUGGACCUGUACCUAAGCUUCAGUGGGAAACACAUAAUUUAACUGUUGACGGACUUGUGUCAAAACCGGUAAUUUUGUCAAUGGAUGAUAUAGAAAGUCUUCCUUAUAAGGAAUUUCCAGUGACACUUUGCUGUGCCGGAAAUCGAAGAAAAGAACAAAACAUGAUCAAACAAACUAAAGGAUUUAACUGGGGAGCAGCAGCUACAAGCUGUGCGAUCUGGAAAGGUGUUCCAUUAGGUCAUAUUUUAAAAUUAGCAGGAAUUGUCGAUCACAAAACCGAUAAACCUCGUUACGUAUGCUUUGCUGGUUGUGAUAAAUUACCAAAUGGUUAUUAUGGUACAAGUAUCCCUUUGGAAUGGGCAAUGAAUGAUGCCAACGAUGUCAUCCUAGCCUACGGAAUGAAUGGAGAAAAGUUACCACCUGAUCAUGGUUAUCCAUUACGUGUUAUUAUUCCUGGAUGUAUUGGUGGUCGGAUGGUUAAAUGGCUUUCAAAAAUUACGGUAACUGACAAAGAGUCAGACAGUUAUUAUCAUUAUUAUGAUAAUCGAGUUCUUCCUCCAGAGUAUGAUAUGGAAAAAGCAAAUAAGGAAAAUGUGUGGUAUAAUCCAGAUUAUAUUAUCAACAAACUUAAUAUUAACUCAGCUAUAACUUCACCGGCACACAAUGAACGUAUUUCAUUAUCAAGCUUUGUUAGUACAAAAGAGUAUACAAUUAAAGGAUAUGCAUACACUGGAGGUGGACAAAAAGUUACUCGUGUAGAAAUUUCUUUAGACAAUGGCAACACAUGGCUUCUCGCAAAAUUGACACAACCAGAGCUUGAACAUCCAGAAGUUUUAAAAAGAGGAAUAAACCCUAUUCCACGAUUUUGGUGUUGGAGUUUUUGGUCAAUAUCCGUCCCACUUUAUUCAUUUAUUCGAUGUGAAGAAAUUUCUGUAAGAGCUUGGGAUGCCACUCAUAAUACACAACCUCGAUUACCAACAUGGAAUGUCAUGGGGAUGAUGAAUAAUUGUCAUUUCCGUGUAAAAGUAAACACUGCCAAUCAAGGAAAAGAAUUUUUCUUAGAAUUCAGACAUCCAACUCAGCCCGGUAAUAAUCCCGGCGGUUGGAUGGUUAAGCCCGAACCAAUAAAAAUGGUAAACGCGGCUUCCGAACCAUCAACAUCUGUUGGUCGUUCCUUUACCAUCAAACAAGUGGAAAAACAUAAUACUGAAAAAGAUUGUUGGAUUAUAAUAGAGAAAAAAGUCUAUGAUUGUACCAAAUUCCUAAAAGUACAUCCUGGUGGUCUUGAAGCUAUUCUUAUCAAUGCCGGGAAAGAUGUAACGGAAGAGUUCAAUGCCAUCCAUUCUAAUAAAGCAAGAUCCAGGUUGAGCAAAUUCUAUAUUGGUGAUCUAUCAGACACAUCUCUACCAAAAUUAUAA